AUGUUUUUCAUUAUCACAUCCAGCCUACACUCAACACGGCUCUUGCUGGUCCACAUUGUGCCUUCACUCUACACGGCUCCUGCUGGUCCACAUCCAGCCUUCACUCAACACGGCUCCUGCUGGUCCACAUUGUGCCUUCACUCUACACGGCUCCUGCUGGUCCACAUCCAGCCUACACUCAACACGGCUCCUGCUGGUCCACAUCCAGCCUUCACUCAACACGGCUCCUGCUGGUCCACAUCCAGCCUUCACUCAACACGGCUCCUGCUGGUCCACAUCCAGCCUUCACUCAACACGGCUCCUGCUGGUCCACAUCCAGCCUACACUCAACACGGCUCCUGCUGGUCCACAUCCAGCCUACACUCAACACGGCUCUUGCUGGUCCACAUUGUGCCUUCACUCAACACGGCUCCUGCUGGUCCACAUCCAGCCUUCACUCUACACGGCUCCUGCUGGUCCACAUCCAGCCUACACUCAACACGGCUCCUGCUGGUCCACAUCCAGCCUUCACUCAACACGGCUCCUGCUGGUCCACAUUGUGCCUUCACUCAACACGGCUCCUGCUGGUCCACAUCCAGCCUUCACUCAACACGGCUCCUGCUGGUCCACAUCCAGCCUACACUCAACACGGCUCUUGCUGGUCCACAUUGUGCCUUCACUCUACACGGCUCCUGCUGGUCCACAUCCAGCCUUCACUCAACACGGCUCCUGCUGGUCCACAUUGUGCCUUCACUCUACACGGCUCCUGCUGGUCCACAUCCAGCCUACACUCAACACGGCUCCUGCUGGUCCACAUCCAGCCUACACUCAACACGGCUCCUGCUGGUCCACAUCCAGCCUUCACUCAACACGGCUCCUGCUGGUCCACAUUGUGCCUUCACUCAACACGGCUCCUGCUGGUCCACAUCCAGCCUACACUCAACACGGCUCCUGCUGGUCCACAUCCAGCCUUCACUCAACACGGCUCCUGCUGGUCCACAUUGUGCCUUCACUCAACACGGCUCCUGCUGGUCCACAUCCAGCCUACACUCAACACGGCUCCUGCUGGUCCACAUCCAGCCUACACUCAACACGGCUCCUGCUGGUCCACAUCCAGCCUUCGGUGUUUUAGCUUAG